AUGUCGAAAGAAACAGCGUCUAUGAGAGAAAUACAACACAACCGACAACUCAUUUUGCAAGCUCUAAAUAAGAACACAACAAACUUUUCAAACUAUUCUAAGAUAUCUGAGUCAUUGAAAGAAGGAAACUUAAAACUGACGAUAAACCCAAUGACAGAUGAGUUUCUGUUUCAAGACAGUAAGAACCAUACUGUCUGUGUAAAUCCAACAAAAGGAACUUUAAACGAGAAGCCUAUAAAAGAACUUCUUUUGAAAGCAGAUGUUGACAACAAAGCUGACAAAGAGUAUGUCAUUGAAAAAGUUCAAGAAGAACAUGACAGAGCAGAUGCAACAUAUGCAACGAAAGAACAUACUCAUCCUGAACUAGCAGACAAAACAUAUGUUGACAAUAA